UUGGGGCUUCUUCAGUGUGAUGAGGUGUCACUGCCAGUGCCUCGUUAGCACGUACCCAUCUCCCCGUGCGAAGCCCGUGCUGCUAUCCGCUAAAGUCAGCGAUGGCUACAAAGCCCGCAGCAAAGGGAUGACCUGAUCUGCUCUGUAUUCAAUCACGCCAACAGUGACAUCCGAAGGGAUCUUCUCCGAUUAACCAGCACAGGACUAAGUUCAAUUUUCUCCGGCAUUCUGAUCAUUGCAACCAGGUAUCUUUGAGCAUGGAUCUUCCUACAACGAAUGUGGAAUUUGUACCAGAGAAGAUUGAAGACGGCAAAGGAGGCCCAUCGUUCAAGUGUGAUCUUUCUGACGCAACAAUGGUUCACAAAAUAGCGCAAGUGUUCAUCCCAGGAUUAGCAACUGCUUGUGUUGACAACACAACAGGUGAUAUGUUCAGGACCCCCACUUCUGUAGCUGUUGAUACAAGAAAAGAAAUGGUGGAAUAUCUUAUUCAAAGAAGUGAAUCCUUUGUUGCCGAAUCUGUUAUCUUAGAAGGUGGACCAGAGGCGGAAGUAGCUGACCAUCCCUAUGAUAUUAUUUCUGAUUUUAUUGAUGACUUUGCAAGUUCAAAGAGGAAUUUUUUUAGUCGGGUUUCAGGAUGGCUACUGAGUGAAAAGAGGGAAGACAAUAUAGACGAUUUUGUUCAAGAGAUGGAGAUAAAUGGGUUUUGGUUGUUAGAUAGGAGGGAAGCAAUUGCACAGACUUUGCUCAAGAACGUUGACUUCAAGAAUGCAUUUCACUGCAACAUGAAAUUCAACACUUCAGAAGAGCUUGCUGUGCAUGUUCAUUACUGCAGCUUUAGAUCUAUGUCUUGCACAAAUGAGGGUUGUAAUGCCAGAUUUUGCGCCAGUCACUUGGACAAGCAUGAUUCAGUUUGUCCCUUCAAGAUAAUUCCAUGUGACCAGAAGUGCUCAGACAGCAUCAUGAGACGUGAAAUGGACAGGCAUUGCUUAACUGUCUGUCCUAUGAAGCUUGUGAACUGCCCCUUAUAUGCUGUGGGUUGUCAAUCCACGAUCCCUUGCUGUAUGAUUGAACAACAUUGUUCAGAUACUAUUCGUUCACACUUGCUAUAUAUUCUUCAAGGUGUUCACAAAGACGUAUCUGAAGAGGAUCUGAAACGAAGGGUGGAGCAACUAGAAAAGGCAGCACCAUCCAGUCAGCUAGCAGAAGCUCGAGAUUUGAGAUCCUUAACAUCAAAAGUCAAGGAUCUCGAAGCAAAGUUGGGGCCAUUAGAAGUUCAUGUCAAGAAAAAAGAUAGUGAAGAGAAAUUGGAGAUUUCGAAAUAGAAAAUGCAUUGGAGAGCCCACGCCAAUAACAAAGACAGUUGAGAGAGAAUGGAAACUUCAAAUCUAGCAAAUACUUCAAGCGAAGCCGAAAGUUCGAAGUUAGGCCUGGCAAUCGGCUUCCCCUUUUUUUUUCUUUUU